AUGGGCGGGGGGAUCUACGAGAAGCCCCGAGGGGGCAACCGCGGGGGGCAUGAUCAGUUCAAGUGGGAGGACGUGCGCGGGAUGGACGACAAGGACCGGCAACACUACUUGGGCCACAGCGUCAAGGCGCUGGCGGGAAGGUGGCAGAAGGGCAAGGACGUGUACUGGUACACGCGCGAGAAGGAGGAGGGCGACGCGCAGAUCGAGGACGAGCUCGCGAUGGUCAAGAAGCGCGAGGAGGAGCUGAUGUAUGAGGCCCUGGGCAUCACUCCGCCCCCGGCACCGCUGCCGCCGCCGACGCAGUACCCGCCGCCGCCGCCGCUGCCUUCGUCGGACAAGAAGAAGAGCAAGAAGGAGAAGAAGGAGAAGAAAGAAAAGAAGGAGAAGAAGGAGAAGAAGGAAAAAAAGGAAAAAAAGGAGACGAGGGUGGAGAGACACAGGGGGCGUGGGAGCCGGUCGAGGAGCCGGAGCAGGUCGCGCGAGAGGGAGGGGCGGGCGCGGCGAGGCGGAGAGGGGCGGAGCGAGAGCCCGCGGAGAGCCCGGGAGCGCAGCGCGGGGCGGAGCCGCAGUCCGCGGCACGGCGACAGGAGGCGAGAGGGACGACGGCAUCGCAGCCGGGAGCGGUGA